AUGCCUGCCACCGCCUUCGCCUUGGCCUCCGUCGCCGCGUCGCCGUCUCCGUGGUCGCCACGUCCGCCUGCCCCGCCGAGAAGCGGAAGCAGCGCGGGCGGGGGCGGGGCGACGAGCCCUCCACCGCCACCCCGUGGGCGAGCCCCGACUGGCUCACGUCUCUCGCGCGCGGUCGGCCGGAGCCGGAGCGGCGGCGGCGACGACUCGGGGAUCCCCGUCGCGUCCGCCAAGCUCGACGACGUGCGGGACCUCCUCGGCGGCGCGCUCUUCCUGCCGCUCUUCAAGUGGUUCCGCGAGGAAGGGCCCGUGUACCGCCUCGCCGCGGGGCCACAGGACUUCGUCAUCGUUAGCGACCCCGCCGUCGCCAGGCACGUGCUGCGCGGCUACGGCUCGCGCUACGCGAAGGGGCUAGUCGCUGAAGUCUCCGAGUUCCUCUUCGGCUCCGGCUUCGCCAUCGCGGAGGGCGACCUAUGGACGGUGAGACGCAGAGCUGUUGUGCCUUCCCUGCACAAAAGAUUUCUGUCCAUUAUCGUGGAAAAGGUAUUUUGUAAAUGUGCUGAGAGAUUAAUAGAGAAACUUGAGCCAUAUGCUUUGAGUGGGGAAGCUGUCAAUAUGGAAGCGAGGUUUUCUCAGUUGACAUUGGAUGUGAUUGGUUUGUCAUUGUUCAACUACAAUUUUGAUUCCCUCACAACAGAUAGUCCUGUCAUUGAUGCUGUUUAUACUGCACUCAAAGAAGCAGAGCUUCGUUCUACAGAUCUUUUGCCAUACUGGAAGAUUGAUUUCUUGUGCAAGAUAAUUCCAAGACAGAUAAAAGCAGAGAAUGCAGUUAGGAUUAUAAGAAACACUGUUGAAGAGCUGAUUAUGAAGUGUAAAGAAAUAGUGGAAGCUGAAAAUGAACAGAUUGAGGGUGAGGAAUAUGUAAAUGAGGGGGACCCUAGCAUUCUACGCUUCCUACUUGCUAGCCGAGAUGAGGUAAGCAGUGUACAAUUACGUGAUGAUCUCUUGUCAAUGUUAGUUGCUGGUCAUGAAACAACAGGCUCUGUACUGACAUGGACAAUCUAUCUUCUCAGUAAGGAUCCGGCUGCACUGAGGAGAGCUCAAGAUGAAGUAGAUCGUGUUCUACAAGGUAGACUCCCAAAUAUGAGGAUGUGCUGUUACAGUGCAAUAGUUGAUGAUGUUCUUCCUGGAGACUAUAAGGUUAAGGCUGGUCAAGAUAUUAUGAUAUCUGUGUACAAUAUACACAGGUCCCCAGAGGUCUGGGAUAGAGCAGAUGAGUUCAUUCCAGAGAGGUUUGAUUUAGAGGGACCUGUUCCAAAUGAGUCAAACACAGAUUUCAGGUUUAUCCCAUUCAGUGGAGGUCCUCGGAAAUGUGUUGGAGAUCAAUUUGCUCUCCUAGAAGCGAUAGUGGCACUUGCAGUUGUGUUGCAGAAGAUGGAUAUUCAGCUUGUGCCAGAUCAAAAGAUUAACAUGACUACUGGAGCUACAAUUCAUACAACCAAUGGACUAUAUAUGAAUGUAAGCCUGCGUAAAGUUCAGCAAGCUGAGUUUGUACUGAG